AUGGUCCAUCUUGCCGCUAUUCCGAAGGACAAUGAGCUCGGCACUCUUCCCGAGGCCGUAAAGAAGAUCUCACUUCAGCUCAGCAACGAGCAGGACUCGUUCACUACUAGUGUCUAUGGCUCCAAGUUCGCCGCCGAGGACCUCCCCAGGCAUGAGAUGCCCGACGGUGAGAUGCCCAAGGAGGUCGCGUACAGAAUGAUCAAGGACGAGCUCAGCUUGGACGGGAACCCCAUGUUGAAUUUGGCUUCGUUCGUCACGACGUACAUGGAAGAGGAAGCUGAGAAGCUCAUGGCCGAGAGCUUCUCCAAGAACUUCAUUGAUUAUGAAGAGUAUCCACAGUCUGCGGACAUCCAGAACCGUUGUGUAUCCAUGAUUGGACGUCUGUUCAACGCGCCCACUCACAACGGCAGCAAUGAGGGCGCAGUCGGCACUUCUUGCAUCGGCAGUUCCGAGGCCAUCAUGCUGGGUGUUCUGGCCAUGAAGAGGCGCUGGAAGAACAAGAGAAAGGCCGAGGGUAAAUCCACGGAGAAUCCCAACAUCGUCAUGUCCUCGGCCGUUCAGGUCUGCUGGGAGAAGGCUACCCGAUACUUCGAGAUUGACGAGAAGCUGGUCUACUGCACCCCCGAUCGAUACGUCAUCGACCCCCAGGAGACUGUUGACCUGGUCGAUGAGAACACCAUCGGCAUUUGCGUGAUCUUGGGAACGACUUACACAGGCGAGUACGAGGACGUCAAGGCCGUCAAUGACCUACUGGUCAAGAAGGGCAUGGAUACACCUAUUCAUGUUGACGCCGCUAGCGGUGGCUUCGUUGCGCCGUUCGUUGUUCCUGAUCUUGAGUGGGACUUCCGACUCCAGAACGUUGUAUCCAUCAAUGUGUCUGGGCACAAGUACGGUCUAGUUUACCCGGGUGUCGGUUGGGUAGUCUGGCGCGCCGCAGAGUUCCUUCCACAGGAGCUUGUUUUCAAUAUCAACUACCUGGGAGCUGACCAAUCUUCCUUCACCCUGAACUUCUCCAAGGGUGCCAGCCAAGUCAUUGGCCAAUACUACCAGCUGAUCCGCCUUGGCAAGAAGGGGUACCGGGCCAUCAUGAGUAAUCUGACCCGCACAGCUGACUACCUCUCGGAAUCUCUCGAGGCCCUAGGCUUCAUCAUCAUGAGCAAGAAGUCCGGUGAAGGACUGCCCCUUGUUGCCUUCCGCCUCAAGCCCGAUGAGAACCGUGGUUUCGACGAAUUUGCGCUGGCACACAAACUUCGGGCUCGUGGCUGGGUUGUUCCCGCAUACACCAUGGCCCCCCAUACCGAAGGCCUAAAGAUGCUCCGCGUGGUCGUUCGUGAGGACUUCACCAAGAACCGCUGCGAUGCUCUCAUCUGUGACGUCAAGCUCUGCUCCGAGCUUCUGGAGAGCAUGGACAAGGAGUCGAUCAAGAAGCAAGAAGAAUUCUUGCGCAACCACGCUAUCAACAGUUCGCAGGCGAAGCACAACCACCCUAGAUACCGCAAGGAGAAGCACUCUAUCCAGGGCAAGUUCGGAAAGACGCAUUCUAUCUGUUAA